AAAUAUUCUCAUAUUAUUAAGGAACACCCUGUAUAUCAGUCGCUUACCCAAACAUACCUGUCCUGAUUUUUUGCUGAUAAGGAUAACGUUGCUAGAGGAUAUUAUAAAAAGUCAUUACAUACCAUUAUUAUUAAUCUGCUAUAGGAAUAAUCAGUAGAGUAUGUAGAAUAACCUGACCUGUAUCGAACAAAGCUUAUAAGUGAUGUGAUAUUAUGAACAAAAUUGAAAUGACUUACACAGUACUGUGCAGUGAGUUAUCGAGAUAACAUGGAUAUACUAUCUGAAAUACAGAGUGAGGUUUGCAAUGUGGGAUUCGACAAACUAAGUCAAAUACACUUUGAUAAUGGGUCCAGUUCAGAUUCGGAGUCAGACAAAUCGGUUGCCUUAGAUGAGAGGUACUACCAAAACCAGCCACCUGCACAUAAUUAUGAGUCCAUAAAGAAAAACAUCGUGAAAGUCAGCCAGAAUUCAAAUGAUUCCCGAAGAAACAGGAUAGAUCAUAAUAAAGUAGCCAAAGUAUACACUAAUAAAACAUACAGAAGAAGGAACGAGAAAUGGGGCUUUGAUGCGAAGAUUACUAGACAUGGACGUAGAAACUUCCCUGCAGAAUCUACAUCAAGCAGAAAUCAUCAAAAUUACAACUGGGCUGCAGAUUCUUCUGCGUCAAACACAUAUAAUGGCAGAAAUACAUAUCAGGUACCUGCUUUUGAUCUAAGUGUUCCAGGAUCGCACUACGGGCCUAUUGGCGGUAAUUUUUUUGCUGCAACACAGGCUAGUAGUUUUGCAAGCUAUACGGAUACAUUCACCAGCAACCUUACGGCAGCAAAUAUUCCUGACCUAGGGAAGGUUUCCAUCACAGGGCUUCCUCAGAGUAGAUUGAAUGCCAAUCAUCUGGGACAGAAACAUCAAAAUGUUAGCACUCCUGGUUUUUCUUAUAUGUCAAGCUCAUCUACAAAUGCUGUAAGUCCAUUUCCACCAAAACGUGACAAAACUUCAUAUAUACACGAUAAGACUUUAUCUGACAGAACCACACACCUAAUGCCUGCUACACCUGUCCGUACCCAAAGUAACCGUAGUAAUAAAUCCAGCAACAAUUAUCCACAGACAAAGAACUAUGUAUCUAAAAAUCCGUUUAGUAUGGAACCAACAAACACCACUGGCUCUUCUAAAGUCUCGGAAGAAAGUUUAAUGCAAGAUGCUAAACUUCCAAUUUCUCCUUCAUAUCCUAAUAGACAGAUAUUAUCUGCUGAUCAGUUGCUUAAUGAUCAUGGACAGAUAAAUGUUGUUCCAAAUCAGACAACAAGGAGCAUUGAUAGUACCCGAACACUAGAUUCAGUUAAGAACAGUACCAAAUAUCCCAUUGAAGGUGUUGUUAGGCGUUUCAGUGAUGACUUCUCAGAUAUAUUUAACGAUCAUGACAUAAAAUUGGCUGUCGAGGAUAAAACUUCUAACACGCAUCCCAAUACACCAGCAAAAGGUACGGGUUAUCACAUAUUUGGAAGGAACACUAUACAAGAGGUCAAAGAGCAAAGAAGACCAAGAAAGAACCCUCCUACACCUUUAGCUAGACCCCAUGGUCAAGUCAUGGAACCAUCCUCACAAACACAGGUAAACCAUUUUGAAGAGGAAGAGGCACCAACGGCGUUUUCGAGAUAUCUCGGAUCGAGAUUUGCAGAAAAUGAGAUUCCAUCUGAAGUAGGCAAGGAAAAUGGCAACGAAGAGUCUGCAGAUGUUGUUGAGGAUGAAGCUGAAUGUAUGAAUGUAGCUGAGAGAUUCAAGGCAUGGUUUUGUGAAGUAUUUUGCUGUGACUAUGCUAGCUAAACAUGUAGAGACCAAGCGGCAGAAGAAACAAUCCACAUCACAGAACAUCAUCCGCGGCAUCUUCUGCUGGUGUUAGAUCCCCAACGGAUGUGGCUACGAAUGGAAAAAACUCGGUGCACUGGUGGACUUUGAAUAUGGCAUACCCAGGAAGCGGGUUAUAGUCGAUAUUGCAGACAUGCAUACUUUAUACCACAUGGUAGAUAUAUAUUUCAAUAUUUUGAAGACUGUUCUUUAUUUUUGUGUUCGUAAAGUGAUUGAGAUCAACUAGUCAAAGCACAAGGAUCCUCGAACACGGCCUACUUUGACUCUGAAAGAUGCAAGUACAACUAGUCUUGGUCUUAUCCGACAUCGCCUGAUGGGAGUGUAUGGGUGCAAUAUAUGACGCUUAACCAAUUCCAAACUAUACGUACCAGACAGGUCUGCAAAAUGAGUGUUUUUAAAGACUCUAUAUGAACAUGGACAUCACAGUUUUUGUUUCAGUAGUGUUUCAUUUGUCCACUUUCUAUGUGUUCAUUAAUUUAUAUACUUUCUCUAUUGUUUUAUACGCUUUCUGUUUUUAUUAUUAUUAAAUUACAUAGGUCUUGACAGUGUAUCCCUUUCAUUUUUCGACAGUUACCUUCAUCAAAGAACUCAGUGUGUUUUUCUCAAUCAAGAAAUGUCUCAAGUGACAAUAAUUCCCUCAGGCGUACCUCAGGGCUCUGUAUUGGGG